AUGGUUCCUCACGCUGAGGACAAGGUUCCUCACGCUGAUUACAAGGUUAUUCACGCUGAGGACAAGGUUCCUCACGCUGAGCAUAAGGUUCCUCACGCUAACGACAAGGUUCCUCACGCUGAGGACAAGGUUCCUCACGCUGAGGACAAGGUUCCUCACGCUGAGGACAAGGUUCCUCACCCUGAGGACAAGGUUCAUCACGCUGAGGACAAGGUUCCUCACGCUGAGGACAAGGUUCCUCACGCUGAGGACAAGGUUCCUCUCACUGAGGACAAGGUUCCUCACGCUGAGGACAAGGUUCCUCACGCUGAGGACAAGGUCUUCACACUGAGGACAAGGUUCCUCACGCCGCGAACAAGGUUCCUCACGCCGAGGACAAGGUUCCUCGCGGCGAGGACAAGGUUCCUCACACUGAGGACAAGGUACCUCACACUGAGGACAAGGUUCCUCAAGCUGAGGACAAGGUAAGUCACACUGAGAACAAGGUACCUCACACUGUGGACAAUGUCCCUCACGCUGAGGACGAGGUUCCUCAUGGUGAGGACAAGGUUCCUCACGCUGAGGACAAGGUUCCUCAUGCUGAGAACAAGGUUCCUCACGCUGACGUCAAGGUUCCUCACGCUAAGGACAGGGCACCUCACGCUAAGGACAAGGCUCCUCACGCUGACGACAAGGUUCUUCAAGCUGAGGACAAGGUUCCUCACGCUGAGGACAAGGUUCCUCACGCUGACGACAAGGUUCUUCACGCUGAGGACAAGGUUCCUCACGCUGAGGACAAGGUUCGUCACGCUGAGGACAAGGUUUCUCACGCGCAGGACAAGGUUCAUCACGCUGAGGACAAGGUCCUCCCGCUGAGGACAAGGUUCCUCACGCUGAGGACAAGGUUCCUCACGGUGAGGAUAAGGUUCCUCACGGUGAGGACAAGGUUCCUCACGGUGAGGACAAGGUUCCUCACGCCGAGGACAAGGUUUCUCACCCUGAGGACAAGGUUCCUCACGCUGAGGACAAGGUUCCUCACGCAGAGGACAAGGUUCCUUACGCUGAAGACAAGGUUUCUCACGCUGAGGACAAGGUUCCUCACGCCGAGGACAAGGUUCCUCACGCUCACGCCGAGGACAAGGAAUCUCACGCUGACGACAAGGUUCCUCAUGCUGAGAACAAGGUUCCUCACGCUGAGGUCAAGGUUCCUCACGCUAAGGGCAGGGCACCUCACGCUAAGGACAAGGUUCCUCACUCUGAGGACAAGGAUCUUCACGCUGAGGACAAGGUUCCUCACGCUGAGCAUAAGGUUCCUCACGCUGACGACAAGAUUCUUCACGCUGAGGCAAGGUUCCUCACGCUGAGGACAAGGUUCCUCACGCCGAGGACAAGGUUUCUCACGCUAAGGACAAGGUUCCUUACAAUGAGGACAAGGUUCCUCACACUGAGGACAAGGUUCCUCACGCUCACGCUGAGGACAAGGCACCUGACGCUGAGGACAAGGUUCCUCACGCUGAGGACAAGGUUCCUCACGCUGAGGACAAGGUUCUUCACGCUGAGGACAAGGUACCUCACGCUGAGGACAAGAUUCUUCACGCUGAGGACAAGGUUCCUCACGCUGAGCAUAAGGUUCAUCACGCAGACGACAAGGUUCCUAACGCUGAGAACAAGGUUCUUCACGCUGAGAACAAGGUUCCUCACGCUGAGGACAAGGUUCAACACGCUGAGGACAAUGUUCCUCACGCCGAGCAUAAGGUUCCUCACGCUGACGACAAAGUUCCUAACGCUGAGGACAAGGUUCAACACGCUGAGGACGAGGUUCCUCACGCUGAGCAUAAUGUUCCUCACGCUGACGACAAGGUUCCUAACGCUGAGGACAAGGUUUCUAACGCUGAGGACAAGGUUCCUCUAGCCGAGGGCAAGGUUCCUCACGCAGAGGACAAGGUUCUUCACGCUGAGGACAAGCUUCCUCACCCUGAGGACUAGCUUCCACGCGCUGAGGACAAGGUUUCUCACGCUGAGGACAAGGUUCCUCAUGCUGAGGACAAGGUUCCUCACGCUCACGCUGAGGACAAGGUACCUCACGCUGAGGACAAGGUUCCUCAAGCUGAGAACAAGGUUCCUCACGCUGAGGACAAGGUUCAACACGCGGAGGACAAGGUUCCUCACGCUGAGCAUAAGGUUCAUCACGCAGACGACAAGGUUCCUAACGCUGAGAACAAGGUUCCUCACGCUGAGGACAAGGUUCAUCACGCUGACGACAAAGUUCCUAACGCUGAGGACAAGGUUCCUCACGCUGAGGAGAAGCUUCCUCACGCUGAGGACAAGGUUCCUCACGCAGAGGACAAGGUUCUUCACGCUGAGGACAAGCUUCCUCACCCAGACGACAAGGUUCCUCACGCUGAGGACAAUGUUUCUCUCGCUGAGGACAAGGUUCCUCAUGCUGAGGACAAAGUUCCUCACGUUGAGGAAAGGUUCCUCACGCUGAGGACAAGGUUCCUCACACAAGGGACAAGGUUCCUCACGCUGAGGGCAAGGUUUCUCACGCUGAGGACAAGGUUCCUCACGCCGAGGACAAGGUUCCUCACGCUCACGCUGAGGACAAGGUACCUCACGCUGAGGACAAGGUUCCUCACGCUGAGGACAAGGUUCCUCACGCUGUGGACAAGGUUCCUCACGCUGUGGACAAGGUUCCUUACGCUGAGGACAAGGUUCAACAAGCUGAGGACAAGGUUCCUGACGCCGAGCAUAAGGUUCCUCACGCUGACGACAAGGUUCCUAACGCUGAGGACAAGGUUCAACACGCUGAGGACAAGGUUCCUCACGGCGAGCAUAAGGUUCCUCACGCUGACGACAAGGUUGCUAACGCUGAGGACAAGGUUCUUCUCGCUGAGGAGAAGCUUCCUCACCCUGAGGACAAGCUUCCUCACCCUGAGGACAAGUUUCCUCACGCUGAGAACAAGGUUUCUCACGCUAAGCACAAGGUUCCUUCAUGCUGAGGACAAUGUUCCUCACGCUCACGCUGAGGACAAGGUUCCUCACGCUGAGAACAAGGUUCCUCACGCUGAGGACAAGGUUCAACACGCUGAGGACAAUGUUCCUCACGCCGAGCAUAAGGUUCCUCACCCUGACGACAAAGUUCCUAGCGCUGAGGACAAGGUUCCUCACGUUGAGGAGAAGCUUCCUCACGCUGAGGACAAGGUUCUUCACGCAGAGGACAAGGUUCUUCACGCUGAGGACAAGCUUCCUCACCCAGACGACAAGGUUCCUCACGCUGAGGACAAUGUUUCUCUCGCUGAGGACAAGGUUCCUCAUGCUGAGGACAAAGUUCCUCACGCUGAGGACAAGGUUCUUCACUCUGAGGACAAGGUUCCUCACACAAGGGACAAGGUUCCUCACGCUGAGGGCAAGGUUUCUCACGCUGAGGACAAGGUUCCUCACGCCGAGGAGAAGGUUCCUCACGCUCACGCUGAGGAUAAGGUACCUCACGCUGAGGACAAGGUUCCUCACGCUGAGGACAAGGUUCCUCAAGCUGUGGACAAGGUUCUUCACGCUGAGGACAAGCUUCCUCACCCAGACGACAGGGUUCCUCACGCUGAGGACAAUGUUUCUCUCGCUGAGGACAAGGUACCUCACGCUGAGGACAAGGUUCCUCACGCUGAGGACAAGGUUCCUCACGCUGUGGACAAGGUUCCUCACGCUGAGGACAAGGUUCAACACGCUGAGGACAAUGUUCCUCACGCUCACGCUGAGGACAAGGUACCUCACGCUGAGGACAAGGUUCCUAACGCUGAGGACAAGGUUCCUCACGCUGAGGACAAGGUUCCUCACGCUGACGACAAGGUUCUUCACGCUGAGGACAAGGUUCCUCACGCUGAGGACAAGGUUCCUCACGCUGAGGACAAGGUUCCUCACGCUGAGGACAAGGUUCCUCACACAAGGGACAAGGUUCCUCACGCUGAGGGCAAGGUUUCUCACGCUGAGGACAAGGUUCCUCACCCCGUGGAUAAGGUUCCUCACGCUCACGCUGAGGACAAGGUACCUCACGUUGAGGACAAGGUUCCUCACGUUGAGGACAAGGUUCCUCACGCUGUGGACAAGGUUCCUCACGCUGAGGACAAUGUUCAACACGCUGAGGACAAUGUUCCUCACGCCGAGCAUAAGGUUCCUCACGCUGACGACAAAAUUCUUAACGCUGAGGACAAGGUUCCUCACGCUGAGGAGAAGGUUCCUCACGCUGAGGACAAGGUUCCUCACGCAGAGGACAAGGUUCUUCACGCUGAGGACAAGCUUCCUCACCCAGACGACAAGGUUCCUCACGCUGAGGACAAGGUUUCUCUCGCUGAGGACAAGGUUCCUCAUGCUGAGGACAAGGUUCCUCACGCUGAGGACAAGGUUCCUCACGCUGAGGACAAGGUUCCUCACACAAGGGACAAGGUUCCUCACGCUGAGGGCAAGGUUUCUCACGCUGAGGACAAGGUUCCUCACGCUAAGGACGGGGCACCUCACGCUAAGGACAAGGUUCCUCACUCUGAGGACAAGGUUCUUCGCGCUGAGGACAAGGUUACUCACGCUGAGGACAAGGUUCUUCACGCUGAGGACAAGGUUCCUCACGCUGAGCAUCAGGUUCCUCACGCUGACGACAAGAUUCUUCACGCUGAGGCAAGGUUCCUCACGCUGAGGACAAGGUUCCUCACGCCGAAGACAAGGUUUCUCACGCUAAGGACAAGGUUCCUCACAAUGAGGACAAGGCUCCUCACGCUGAGGACAAGGUUCCUCACGCUCACGCUGAGGAGAAGGUACCUGACGCUGAGGACAAGGUUCCUCACGCUGAGGACAAGGUUCCUCACGCUGAGGACAAGGUUCUUCACGCUGAGAACAAGGUAACUCACGCUGAGGACAAGGUACGUCACGCUGAGGACAAGGUUCAUCACGCUGAGGACAGGGUUCAUCACGCUGAGAACAGGGUUCCUCACGCUGAGGACAAGGUUCAACACGCUGAGGACGAGGUUCCUCACGCUGAGUAUAAUGUUCCUCCCGCUGACGACCAGGUUCCCAACGCUGAGGACAAGGUUCCUAACGCUGAGGACAAGGUUCCUCACCCUGAGGACUAG